ACAGAGGGCUCCUUCCGCUCGCAGCUGUCUGGCUUCAGGUGGGCGCAAGGGGCGAAUGACGACUCAAGAGCAAGUGCGCAGCAGUCUUCGACAGGCGGCUCGUCUCUCCUGCCUUCUUGGAUGUCCAACCCCUCCUCCUGGCUCUCCUCUUACGUCCCGCUCCGAUCCAACUCGCGACCAGACAGCGAAGAGGCUCUUCUCUCCCUCUCUCACUGGGAGAGACUUCUUUCCUUCCUAGCCUGCCUCGCUGGAUCAGGAGUGUGCUUCCUCUUCUCCUUCCUCUUCCUCCUCAGCCCUCUGCCCAAGUUGCGCAAAUUCGCCCUCAGCUUCAGCCUGGGUAGCAUGCUAUUCAUGGUCGGCUUCGCGGUGCUGGUUGGGCCGCUCAAUCAUCUCCGGCAUAUGUGCUCCGAGGAGAGAUUGCCGUUCAGUGUGGCGUAUGUGGGGAGCUUGGCAUUGACUUUGUAUUUUGCGCUGGGACCGAGGGUCACGCUACCCACAUUGGGAGCGGGCAUUGUGCAGGUAGGGGCACUGCUGGCUUACUUGGCCGCGUACUUCCCGGGCGGGACUACGACGCUGCGCUACGCGGGACAAUGGGCUGCGAGAGGAGCGGCGGGGUGGUUGCCAUUGUGA